UCGUCGUCUACAAUGGUCGAUCCCCCAAUCCCACAGGACGCCGGCCGGAAUCCGCCGCCGCCGCCGCCGCCUGCGACGUGUUUCCUUGCUUCAAAAGAGCACCGCAAAAUACCAUGCUCCUCCUCCUCUUCCUGUACCGUACAUCGCUGAAGCGCUCUCGCGCCGGAUCCCGGCGGCCGUCGGGGUGGGGGAUCGAGGGACCAAGCCGGGACUUUUCGAGGCCGGCGGCGGAGCGCCAAGAGGAGGAGGCCGCGGUGAGUAGAGGGAGGGAGCGAGCAUCCUGGAGACAAAGCGCAUCCAGAUCCACAUGUGCGUGCGUCUCGCCGGAAGUCAAGAACAAUUGGUCCACUCUACUCUCCACCCCACCACUGCAAAGUUCUAAUAAUGGCGGCGACAGUGGUGGUCAGAUUUGGGGAAGAACACUUCGUCCUAUAUUGCGCAUCGGAUCCCUCGAGAAAGAAGCCAUUGAAGAAGCGUCACCAUCUUUCUCAGCUGAGGCCAUCAUUGCUGGUGUCCACCUCUGCAUGCUCUCUGCACUUCGGUACCUCUGCUCACAAGAUGAACAGCGCUGAAGCCACAGGUGAAGUGAAAAAUUGCUUGCUUCCAUUACUUGCCCCCACAUAUACUGGACAUUGUUUCCUUCCAUGCUCCUCACAAGCAAACAAACACAUUUUUGCUCACACCAUUGUUCUCCUCUCCACCCUGCGAGGCGCUCCAAUGGCGGCGACGGUGGUGGUCAACAUCGUGGUCGGGCCGCUGGUCAAGAUCGUGCUGGAGAAGGCGUCCAACUACCUCCUCGACAAGUACAAGGUGAUGAAGGGCAUGGAGGAGCAGCAUGAGAUCCUCAAGCGCAGGCUGCCCGCCAUCCUCGACGUCAUCGCCGACGCCGAGCAGGCGGCAGCCCACAGAGAAGGGGCGGCAGCCUGGCUCCAGGCCAUCAAGAAGGUGACUUACCAGGCGAAUGAGGUCUUCGACGAGUUCAAGUACGAGGCGCUUCGUCGGAAGGCUAAAAAGGAGGGACACUACAAGGAGCUUGGCUUCAGUGUGGUAAAGCUCUUUCCCACCCACAACCGCUUCAUAUUCCGUAACAGGAUGGGAAGAAAGCUCCGCAAAAUUGUGCGGACCAUUGAGGUCCUUGUGGCUGAAAUGAAGGACUUUCGCUUUGAGCAUCAGCAACCACUGCAGGCAUACAGCCAGUGGCGACAGAAGGAUCAUGAUAUCUUUGAUCCGGAGAAAAUCACCAGCAGAUCGAGAGCAAAAGAUAGGAAGAAGCUUGUUGAUAUACUGGUUGGUCAAGCUAACAAUGCAGAUCUCAUAGUUGUUCCCAUCGUUGGAAUGGGUGGUCUGGGAAAGACCACGUUAGCUCAACUUGUCUACAAUGACACUGAAAUUCAGAAGCAUUUCAAUUUGCUGCUAUGGGUGUGUGUCUCUGACAACUUUGAUGUGGAUUCUCUGGCUAAAAGUAUAGUUGAAGCAGCUCUCGAGAAAAAUGGUACAGAAGCAGCUACUUCCAUGAGGACGAAGACACCGCUGGAUGGCCUUCAGAAUGUAUUGAGCGGGCAAAGGUACCUCCUUGUAUUGGAUGAUGUCUGGACACGAGAGGUUCAUAAAUGGGAGCAGCUCAAGGCCUGCCUUGAACGUGGUGGCAUGGGGAGUGUGGUCCUGACAACAACUCGUGAUAAAGGAGUUGCGGAAAUAGUGGGGACUGUUGAAGCUUACAAUCUUGGAGCUUUGGAUGGACAAUACAUAAAGGAAAUUAUCGAGACAAUGUCGUUCAGUUGUUUGAAGAAGGGAGAGGAAAGGCCAGCCAUGUUGAUGAAUAUGGUUGAUGAGAUUGUGGAGCGAUGUGCUGGCUCUCCUUUAGCUGCAAUGGCUCUGGGCUCUGUACUGCGUAACAAGACCAGUGAAGAAGAAUGGAAAGAUGUAUCAAGCAGAAGCAACAUUUGCACCGUGGAGUCUGGAAUCUUACCGAUACUCAAGCUCAGUUACAAUGACUUGCCGCCACAAAUGAAGCAAUGCUUUGCAUUUUGUGCUAUAUUUCCCAAAGAUUACGAGAUUAAUGUGGACAAGCUGAUCCAACUAUGGAUUGCACAUGGCUUUAUUAUCCAAGAAAAGCAAGUUCGUCUUGAAAACAUUGGCAAGCAGAUUUUCAAUGAACUAGUCUCAAGGUCAUUCUUUCAGGAUGUGAAACAAGUCCAGACCACAAUCGGUGAAAUUGAACAGGACGGGGCUUGUUAUGUCAGAACUACAUGUAAAAUCCAUGAUCUUAUGCAUGAUGUUGCACUGUCUGUAAUGGAGAAGGAAUGUGCCUUGGCAACUGAGGACCCAGGCAAGAUUGGAUAUGUUGUCUCAACUGAGGAACCAAGUCAGAGUGAGUGGCUUCCAGACACGGCUCGGCAUUUAUUUUUGUCAUGCAGGGAACCAGGAAGAAAAUUGAAUAGUUCUCUCAAGAACAGUUCUCCAGCCAUCCAAACACUUCUGUGUGAUAGCUUUAUGAGCAGAUCAUUGCAUCAUUUGGCAAAAUACAGCUCCUUGCAAGCAUUACAGCUCCGUUUAUUGGGAUCAUUUCCGCUGAAACCAAAACAUCUGCAUCACCUGAGGUACCUAGAUCUCUCAAGAAGUUUAAUAAAAACACUUCCUGAAGAUAUGAGCAUUCUAUACAACCUGCAAACGUUGAACCUCUCUGGCUGUGUAUCUCUUUGUGAACUUCCAAGGCAAAUGAAGUAUAUGGCUGCCCUCCGCCACCUUUACACUCAUGGUUGUCCAGAGCUGAAAGGCAUGCCUAGAGACCUAGGAAAACUCACAUCCCUACAGACACUUACAUGUUUUGUAGCAGGUAGUGGCUCUAAUUGCAGCAAUGUUGGAGAGCUUGGGAAUUUAAACCUCGGUGGUCAACUAGAGUUGCAUCAUCUAGAGAACGUGACUGAAGAAGCUGCAAAAGCUGCAAACCUCGUGAUGAAGAAGGAAGUAACAGAACUGACAUUAAAAUGGACUGUUGGGUCGGAUGACGUUGUUGAUGAAUCUAGCAGUCGGGAUGAUGCAAAAGUGCUCGAGGAACUUAAACCUCAUGAUGGGCUGCAUGCUAUAAGGAUACACACCUAUGGAGGCACCACCUUUCCAACAUGGACAGCUAUGUUGCAAAACAUUGUUGUGAUCCAUAUUUCUCAUUGUAACAAACUGCAAUGGUUCUUUAGCGGUGACAUUAACACAUCCUUUGCAUUUCCAAAUCUGAAGGAGCUUACAUUGCAGGAGCUUGUCUGCUUUGAGAGAUGGUGGGAAAUAGAUAAUGGAACGCAAGGAGAAGUGGUGAUGUUUCCUCUGCUUGAGAAGUUGUGCAUUAGUCAGUGUGAAAAGUUGACAACAUUGCCAGGGCAACCGACCUUCCCAAAUCUCCAGAUCACUCGUAUUGAGAGAUGUCCAGAGUUGACAACUAGAGUUGAAUCACCAAAGCUCAGUGUAUUAAAGAUGGAAGGACGUGAUGUACAGUUGUUUCAGUGGGUAGCCAGGCAUAUGACUUCAUUGACCAAUGUUGAACUGCAUAGCCUUGUGGACAGUACAGAAACAACCUCGGCGGCGGCUGAGCAUGGUUUGAGGGAAGUUCUGGAUGGCAGGGAAAAAAGGAAUGAUCAUGAUUUUCCUCUGACAGUUUUGGUGGUACAAAACUUUAAGCCAGGUAUAACAGAGCUGUGUUCAUGUUUCGUACACCUGCAAGAUUUGUCAGUUUGGAGGUGCCAUGCGCUCAUCCACUGGCCAGAAAAAGAGUUUGAAGGACUGGUAUCCUUGAGGAAGCUUGUGAUUCAUCAAUGUGAGAAUCUGACUGGAUAUGCACAAGCUUCUACCGAGCCAUCAACAUCAUCAGAAAAGAGUCAGCUCCUUCCACAUCUAGAGUUACUAGUGAUAAGGAAAUGUGAAAGUUUGGUUGAGGUCUUCAAUGUCCCUGCAUCUCUCAGGGUAAUGGAAAUUCUUUAUUGCAAGAAGCUUGAGUCUAUAUCCGGCAGGAGGCUGCUGCAGGGACAGUCAGCAUCGUCGAUUCAUCAAGGGCCAUCUAGUAUAACAGAGGUGUCAUCAUCAUCAUCAUCACCAUCAUCAUCUGGACGUUGGGCAGAGAAUUUGGAAAAAUUGAAAUUAGUCGAGUGUCAUGGCUUAACAGGGGUCCUCCAUCUUCCCUCGUCCCUGAAGGCUCUAGACAUUGAUAGUUGCAGUGGGUUGACAUCUCUUGAAUCUAGCUCAGGAGAGCUUCCAUUAUUGGAGUGCCUCUAUCUUUGGAGUUGCAAUAACCUGUUAUCCCUACCGGAUUGGCCACAAGCAUACUCAUAUCUCCAAUGUCUCUACAUUAUGAACUGCACUGUUAUAAAGACGCUCCCUAGAAGCCUGCAGCAACGGCUGGGCACCAUCCAGGAGGAACAUGUAGAUGCUCAUUAUUAUGGAAAUAAGCCAAGGCCUAUCCCUAUCCUGCUCAAACCAAAGACAUGGAAAUGCGCCAUCCGUAGAGAUUAGAGAGCUAUAAACAGAAUCUCAGGGCGAGAAUACCAAUAUCGAAGUUAUUCCAGAGAAUUCUUCCAGGACACAAAGACCGGAAAGCGAGAUCACUUGGGGUGGAGCUAUUCUCCUGCGAGACGCACACGAGAAGUUGUUGCCAUGCUGAACUGCGAGAUCCGUAAUAAGCGCUUCUAUUGGCUAUCAACAUUCUGCUCCCAGAAAAAGAUCUUGUUUGAAUAAUAAGUACUUGUAGCCACCUCCUUUUACCUAAGGUCAUGUCAUUGUAUUUCUUUUCCAACAAGCAUGGCGGUAUUCUUGCCCUGGGCAGUGUCAGUUUUUUGUCGAAAUUCUGUUGCAGAGUUUCCCAGUUUUAUCUAUGGAGCUGUAUAAACAGAGUACCACUGCCAUUUAGAGUUAGUGUUCUGUCUGCUGCAUAUAUCGGCAAUGUUAUUUAUGAAGGAUUUAUGAAGCUGUUGAUUUCCCCUUAAUACUCUGCAUCAAAUUUUUUAUGAAGGGGGUUAUCCCAGAUUGUGCAAAGGGA